CGGGAGGCUGGCUGUCUUGCAUCUUGGAGCUUUCUUAUCUGACAUCGUUCCGUAUGACCACGAUGCUGUAGGUUAGGUAGGUAUAUAUCUACGGCGUUAUAGCGUUACCUCGAGUAGUUCACCUGUAGUUACCUAAAAUAAGUUUACCUUUAACAGAGCUGCUGGUUUGCGUCUCCUGCUUCAAGAGCCGAUUGCUAUCUUGAAAGCAUUAAAGUCUGGCAAGAUGGUUAUUUUCUCAAGGAAGUUGUCGGCCGCUGAGCUCAAAAGGAGGUUUACCUCCCUCCACUAUUGGGAACUUCCUAAGCAGACUGGAGCGCUGGCCCCGUCACACGUAUGGACGAAUUGUGAUAUGGACCCGACGCCCAUCGAGGAUCAGACGUGGAAUACGUGGAUGAUUUUGGCCUACUGGGCUACCGACACGAUUAAUUUGGCUACAUGGCAGACGGCCUCUGCAAUUCUCGCAGUAGGCCUGAGUUGGCGUGAAGCUAUUCCUAUCAUGAUAGUGGGAACCUUCUGCGUCGCCGUGCCUCUUGUGCUUAACGGCGCCAUUGGCGCUAAACUUCAUGUGCCUUUCUCCGUGAUUGCGACUAGUAGCUUCGGUUACUACUUAAGAUAUUUCUGCAUCGUUAGCCGGGCCAUUCUAGCUAUGUUCUGGCUGGGUAUACAGGGCGCAAACGGAGCUCAGUGCAUCACGAUCAUGCUGCGUGCCUGGGCGCCGUCGUACAACGACAUUCCGAACCAACUAUCCCAAUCUGCCGCCAUCACGACGCAAGGGAUGCUUUCUUACUUUCUCUUUUGGAUAAUUCAACUACCACUACUCCUUAUCCACCCUACCAAGCUACGUCCUCUGUUCUGGGUCAAACUAUUGGCCGCUCCGGUAGCUGCCAUUGCAACGAUGGGAUGGUGUAUUAAAAGGGCUGGAGGAGGUGGUGAUAUUUUUGCCUUGCGAGCAACAGCUGACGAACGACAAUAUGCCUGGCUAUGGCUGACUUGCAUGUCGAGCGUGGCAGGUCAAUGGAGCACUUUGGCUGUAAACAUACCUGAUUUCACUCGCUAUGCGAAGUCGGCCAGGGGUCAAUAUAUCCAACUCCUAGCAAUGCCCAUUAAUAUAUUUACUUUGUGUGGCGUUCUAGGUAUUGUGACAACGGCCGCGAGCAAAGUAUUUAGCGGAGACUACCUCUGGAAUCCCCUGGAUAUCAUGGCUAUUUGGCUCGACUAUGGCUCUGGUGGACGAUGUGCCGCCUUCUUUGCCGCCCUCGCGUGGUAUGUUGCACAGGUUGGAACAAAUAUUACCGCGAAUUCGAUCUCGGCAGCCAACGACCUGACCGUUCUUUUACCUCGCUGGAUUAAUAUAAGACGAGGUUGCAUUGUCGCUGCGCUUAUCGGCGGUUGGGUGCUGGUGCCGUGGAAGAUCCUCAGCUCUGCGCAGACCUUCCUCGCCUUCAUGAGCGGGUAUGCCGUCUUCCUCGGGCCGAUAGCUGGCAUCAUGGCGUCUGACUAUUGGCUUGUAAAGAAGAGGCAGAUCGACAUACCGAGCCUGUAUGAUCCGGAUGGUCGUUAUCGCUACGUCGGUGGAUGUAACUGGCGCGCGGCGGUCGCCUUCAUCGUGCCCGUCGCGCCUCUUCUACCCGGGCUAGGCCUGAGCAUCAGCGGCCCCCAAGUUGUUCAUAUUAACGAUGGCAUUACUAAUCUCUACACUCUUAACUUCCUGUUCGGAUUCGUAACUUCGGCCGUUCUUUACGUGGCACUAAACUACGCCAUACCAGCAAAGGAGACGUUAUUAAAGGGUAUGAUCUGGGAUCUAGACGACACUAUUAUCGAGGCGCAGGGGAAGGAUGAUGUGGGAGCAGAGAAGGGUUUGGCCACCGCUUCAUCCGAGAAUAUCAAGGCGUCUAAUGCAACUCUCUUGUAAAAGUGUUGAAUUCGUCAUACGUGGGUGGUGCCUAUGUUGGGCUAUAGACAUAUGGCCAACUAUCUUGCAUAAUCGUCCGAAUAAACCCCUUUAUCUAACAUUUCCUGAACGAGACGUCACUAGAUUUCGAAGGUAUUCUAAUAGACGUGAAUAAGAGGAUCCAUCUUUUGAGCGUCCUCUCCUUUCCCCCCCUUUUUUUCUCUUUUUUUCCUUUUCAACGCAAGGCACACACAAUUCUAGAUAUUACGUAUAUGUUUAAGAUUAUGGCGACAACUAGCUGACCAGCUAAUGACUUUUGUAGUGUUUUGUAAUCAGUGUUUGAAUCUCCCCAACGUGAGUCAGGUACUCGAGUAGUUUCUAUGUUGUUGACAAAUGCGAAAUUCCAAAAGGUGUUCAGAACUAAUUAAAGGAGGAAGAGGGGUGUAUAGUGAUCUCUUAUUUCCGGAUCACGUCUAGUAUAGCGGAUGUAUGCUGUCAGGAUAUGCCUUAUCCCCGGUGCUCGAGGAACAAUACCAUAGGCAUAUGUAAUACAUCAUAGCGGCUCUAGUAAUUUUGAUUGAUAAUAUGUGGA